AUGAAUACGAACACCACAGCACAGAUUAAAGUGAUUCAGUGCAAUGAAUUGAAGUGUCAGAAUGACGUAAGAUUUUACUGCAGGCCAUGUAAGCGAAAUCUGUGUAUGACGUGUAAGCAGAGACACGUUGUAAAACUCGAUACCAAAGAUCAUGAUGUCGUUAUUUACCGUUUAAAGUAUGGAGACUUUAUAGUGCCAGAGUCUUGUGAGAAACACCCAGACUGCAAAUAUCAAAAAUGGUGCAAAUCUUGUGAAUGUGCAUUUUGUGAUAAAAAUGAAAACCACAAAAGACAUAAAAUUCUGGAUAUCAAAUUAGCCUGCACUGUUCAAAGACAGGAACACAAAGAAAGAAUUAUUCAGAUUAGAGGCGAGAGUCUCCCAAAUAAUCGUGCAAUCUUAGCAGGUCUCAAAUCUGACUUCAAAGGAAAUGUAGAUACCUUGAAAGCUAAAAUCUCCGGCAUCCAACAAGAGCUUGUUGUUAAAGCUGAAAACCUGAAAAAACAAAUCGAUAUUCAUAGUAAGACACCUAAAGGUUUAUAUAAAACAGAUUUUUAUAUGAGAUGUGUAUUGAAGCAUAAAAAAAUGAAGAAAUAUGUGCACAGAUACGAGCAACUAGCAACCAACCCAAUAAAGUUUCUGUUGUUUGUAAAGAAAACUCCCGUCCCCCAAAAAAUAGAACUUCCUGAUAACAGAAUAUUUAGCUUUUUCGAAGAAAUCAAUAAAGGAGACAUGACUGAUAUUUUAGUUGACAUCAAAAUAACAGAGGCAGGAAUAAGAGAAAUGAGAAAAAAUAAGCGAAUGUUAAAGCAGAUGCCAAUACCUAUGUUAAGGAAAUAUGUUGCUGUAACUGACUUAAUUCAAGGUUUUCACAUUUCUUUUGUGACAUCGGACAAAAUUUGGGUCAGUGAUGGAAGCAGUCUUAUUUUGACGAAUACUAAAGGCACUAUUCUAUAUAAAUUGUCAGAUGUUAAUCACAAUUAUGGAGUACAUACGGUUAACAAGGCAGGAGAACUAAUUUAUGUCGACGAAAACUGGAACAUUAACAAACUAAGUGUAGAUAAUACUACAAAAUCGACGCUGAUUCAGAGAACAGAUCUGUGGGAUCCAUGGUGUAUCUGUCACUCAGCUUCUACUGGAGAUUUGCUGGUCAUGAUGAGAUAUGAUUCAGAUAAUCCUUCCAUUAAUUUAGAGGUGAAAGUCAUUCGGUUUAAUGCCGAAGUACAACCAGUACAAACCAUCCAGUAUCACAGCUCAGGCCAGCAAUUAUACUGUGAACCUUUCUAUAUCACGGAAAAUCACAAUGGAGAUAUUGUUGUGUCUGAUAGAGGGAAGGGUGUGGUGGUCACAGACCGUGAAGGGAAAUAUCGUUUCUCUUACAACGAAGCACCAAAUGAAAUGCCAUUUGGAUUCUUUAUGUCAAAUGGGAUUUGUGUAGACGCACUCUUAAAUAUUCUGAUUUGUUGCCGAUUUAACAACGCAAUACACGUGAUCGACAAGGAUGGCCAUCUCCUGUUUAUUAUAUCAACAUUAGGAUAUGGGAUAGCUGAACCUUUGGGGCUGGGAUAUGAUCAACAAAAUCAUCUCGUUUGGGUGGGAUCAGGCCGCAAAAACAAACUCUGUAUAUACAGACAUAUAAAACGACGAGAUAAUCUUGUAUAA